AUGUUAAGGGGGAGUCUUUUAGAGUUGAUAACGAAGAGGGACGCGGGAAAUAGAAGGCGAAAAGGAAACCACAAGGAAAGAAAAAAGAGUGAAAGGACUCGCAACAAUGUGCUGCAAAGAUUGGAGAUUUGCGUGGAGUUGCUGAAACUAGCCAUAGAGUUUGUCAUGGUCGUAGCUGAAGCAGUUGGGGUUGUCAUUCACCAAAAUGACAGGGCGCCGGUGUUAACGGGUAGGCGGUCUUUCGCUGCUCCGGUUCCCUUCGUUGGGUUUCUUCCUUGAUUGUCACUUUUUUUUCUGGUUUUUUCCAUGCGAGAGCCACUGAUCCUUGUAUAACUUGUUCAAUUAGAAGUCUCAGGUUUGGACCAGCCUUUGUAAUUUUGUUCUUUCUCUGAAUAGCUAGCUAGGGUUGGAAAUAUUGAAAUGUGUAAAUAUAGGCUUAGUAGGUAUGAUGUUCCACCACAGGAGGUACCUUUCUUUCUGAAUUUCAUCGUUUUUGGUUGAGUGCUGGGGUGAGGAAUUUGAUUCAUUAUUCUACGUUUGCUUCAA